AUGGCGUUAGCUGUUGUAGGUCGAGCACUAUUAGAUCGCCUCACAAGUACAAAUGUGGGUGAAACUAUAGUGUCAAGUGCAGCGGCAAGUGGGUUGUUACCAGCUCCACUCGAUGUAGCUCCGUACUCUAUCAUAGUGGCGAAUGCCAGCUGCGGAGAUGCAGGCGCCGAGGAGUAUUGCCGAGACACGCCUGGGAAGCGCGGCAUAGUGUGUGAUGUCUGCGAGGGCCUGGGCGGGUCAUCUUCACGGAGGCACCCUGCAACGCAUGCGGUGGAUGGAGACUCCAGCACCUGGUGGCAAAGCCCUACGUUGGCAACCGGAGAUUUCCAACAUGUGGAGCUUCAAGCUACGUUGCCUGAUGGUCAGUUAGUAUACUAUAAUCCCUAUCGUGUAAUAAAAGACAAGUAUGUUGCAGCUAACCAGGGAUUCCACUGGUAA